AGGGUCAGGGUGAGGAUGCUGAGCCAUUUGCAACCGAUGCAUAAUUAUACCCCCAAAGAAAUAGCUGAUUAUGGGUUGAUUUUACUUGUUGACGAUGAGGCCUAGCUAGCUAACUAUAUGACUUAGCUAGCAAAACGUUACAUGAAUUGACUCACCAGCUGCUCUCCUUCUUGAAUUGGCAGAUUUCUCUUUGUGAUUCUCUUUCAGCAUUUCACUACAGUUUAGCAAUGGCUACUCCAAGACAUGACUAAUUAUCUUCUUUAAAAUUAGGUUGUGAAAAUCUCCAAAUUGUGGAAAAUGUUGACAGAAGUAGCAACAUGCACACACUUAGCACCUGUUUUGUUGGUAUCAGUUGCCUAGAAACAAAGUAUUUUGUUAACGUUUUCUGAUUGGUGCAGUGCUGUCAUCCGGAAGCAUUGACCGGAUGUUACGAAAAAUAGCCGUCUGAAUGAAAAUCUCCAAACUGCCAAACCAUUUUGUAGGAAGCUGAGCAAAGACAGCUGGGAUGUCUACUGAAGAGAUGAUUUCAGUAGAUUAUGAAAUAUUUGGGAGAGUUCAAGGUGUAUUUUUUCGAAAAUACACUCAGGCAGAGGGGAAAAGGCUAGGUUUGGUCGGCUGGGUGCAGAACACAGAGGCAGGAACUGUGCAGGGGCAGCUUCAAGGUCCAAGCAACAAGGUGAGACAGAUGCAGGAUUGGCUGAAGUCCACUGGGAGCCCCAAGUCACAAAUCAUCAAAGCAGAGUUCAAGAAUGAGAAGAACGUCAAGAGUUUGGAUCACUCAACGUUCAAAAUAGUUCGCCCUUGAAUUUAUUUCAUACAGUAUUCCAUUCCAAGCUAACGUGUGAGAUAUACUUGUUAUUUAAAAUGAGGAUGGUUUUGUUAGAGUUCCUGAAAUGGAAAGCUUUAGAAAUGUACUGUAAAUAAUUUAAACUUAUUUCAAUGUAUGUUAGGCAUUAACUCUGAAUUGUGUGUUAAUAUGUAAUAUUUAAAAUACAACUAAAAUAAAAUAUUUA